CAACUUUAUCUUCGAAGACUAAUUUCGAGAUCCUCGAACCUUAAAUGCUCCACUGCCAGGGCUCAUUCUCUCAUUUCAUAGUCGCGGAGGUCGAAUUCUAUUGACACGGUACCUACUGGAAGCGUUCGAAACUCGAAACUGCACAACUGCGCAACUGUAAGAUCGGGAGAGGGGACACCGUGUGCCAUUGUUCGAACGACCAGGAUACGAGGAAACAUCAGCUUUUCCCCGGUCCUGCCAUCGCGACUGCGAGCUUGGGAAACUUUCAAGACGGGACGGGACUCGUAUUCUUGGCAGUCUCCUGACAACGAUAAUCGGGGCGCCGGAAGGCCUGCUGAUUCAACUCCUCAGCCAUGCAUCUGGCCAUGCCCGCGAGGAAAUCCUCGAAUCCCCCUCCAUAUGCGACUCGAUCGACACGGUUUCCGAUGUUGCGCAGAAGUCGGGUACAGGCGAUAGUUCUUUGCGCGUGUGCUGUUGGGGCAGUGAUAUUCAUUCUCUCACAGAUUGUGGGCGGUUCAGAACGAAUUCCAUCAGGGACGCCGCCGGUGGUUGUGGUGACGGUGUUAGAUCCGGACGGCUAUAGCAAAGACUAUAUAAACAACAUCAAGGAGAAUAGGAUGGAGUAUGCGAAGAAGCAUGGGUACGCAACGUUUUUUCCAACCGUUACGGACUACGAUUUGAAUGGAUCUCCAAAUUCUUGGGCUCGAGUUCCUGCCAUUCGACAUGCCCUCACCAAGUUCCCUCACAGCACUUAUAUGUGGUAUCUGGACCAGAACUCGUUGAUCAUGAACCCGGAAUUGACAGUAGAGGGACACAUAAUGAAUCCAAAGCGAUUAGAAGGUCUGAUGAUCAGAGAUCAGUCAAUCGUACCACCCGACAGUGUUAUCAAGACAUUCGGACAUCUGAAAGGGAAUCAAGUCGAUUUCGUCCUCACUCAGGAUAAAGAUGGGUUGGCGCAAGGGAGCUUCAUCAUCCGGAGAGGAGAAUGGAGUAAAUUCUUCUUAGACACCUGGUUCGACCCAUUAUACCGAUCCUACAGUUUUCAGAAGGCAGAUACUCAUGCCCUGGAACAUAUCGUCCAAUGGCAUCCGACAAUUCUAUCGAAACUCGGGCUCAUCCCUCAGCGGAUCAUGAAUGCGUACAGCAAAGAAGACGCUGCUGGCGAUGGAAUAUACAAGGAUGGAGACCUUGUCAUACGAUUCGCAGGGUGUGAUAAAGGUGGGCGAGAUUGUGCUGCAGAGGCAGAGCCGUUCUCAAAGCAGUGGAAGACGGCAUUCCGUGUUCAAUGAUGACUUGUUCACCCUUUACAUACCCCAAAUUUACGCAUGAAGCAGGGUCCCAUGACCCUGAUGAUCUACGACGAGCCAAUGGGAAAGAUGAAAGAGCGGAGUUUCGGAGUAUGAAGCGAUAUGAAGAUGAACCUGUGUCUGUUAUCUUGCAUCAGCAUCUGCAUGAGGAAGGGUAUCCUCUAGAAAUGGCGUUUAGGGAACUGGAUAGAGCAAGCCUUGCUCUCCUGUACGUUACAUCACAUACCCUGUUUGAGUGUGAGGAGAUGGACAAAUUCGGGCUCACCGAGAGCCAAGUUAAUGCUCGCAUCGUACUAGAUAGCUUAGAGUAGUAAUGGACGUCAAGCAGCGGUUCGAAUGUCUUAACAUUGUCUCUUCUGGAUGCUCUAAGGCAAGGCUGAGAAAGUGCCGUCCGG